AUGACCUUAAAUGAAUCUGGUGACUGGGCUGUGGCCGUGAAUGGUUCAAUGUGCAACGUGACCAUGUCUCCCACAUUCUCGGGCAUUUGCCUGCUCCUGAAGUUGAAGCCUUUUUUCAUCCUGCUGUAUGCGGUGCUGGUGAUCGUGGCUUGUGGUGGCAACCUCCUCCUCCUGGCUCACAUCGCCACCACCAAGAAGCUCCACACCACCACAAAUUUCCUCAUUGGCAACCUGGCCGCCUCCGACCUGGUGAUGUGUGUCUUCUGCGUUCCGAUGACGGCUUCCUAUGCGUUCGAGAGCAAGGGCUGGCUCUUUGGGAUCUUCAUGUGCUACUUUAUAAAGCUGAUGCAGUCCACCACGGUCUUUGUUUCUGUCUUAUCCCUCACUGCCAUUGCUGUGGAUAGAUACGUGGUGGUGGUAUAUCCCAUCCACCGCCGAAUUAGACCACGCUCUUGUGCCUACAUCAUCGUAUUAAUUUGGAUGCUGUCUAUUGGGAUCUCGAUGCCAACUCCCCUGCACACCCAGUAUAUGAACAUAAACCAGCUGGGAUUCAACAUGGUCAUCUGUGAGGAGAUUUGGUACAAGCUAGAGAAGCAAAGUCUGUUGUACUCCUGCACCAUCUUCCUGUUGUUCUACAUGCUCCCGCUCUGUGCUGUCUCCAUCUCCUACUGUGCCAUCUCGUGCCACCUGAAGAAGAGGAAAAUUCCAGGCGCUGCCUCGUGCAGCCAGGAGAAGUGGUCAAAGAAGAAGAGGAGGACCUUCUGCAUGCUCCUGAUUUCCGUCCUCUCCUUCGCACUCUGCUGGAUGCCUCUGCAGACGGUGAACCUGAUAUGGGACAUCAACCGGGACCUCAUAGACAAGACCUACUUGGAAGUGAUCCAGGUAUCGUGCCACUUACUCGCCAUGAGUUCCACCUGUUACAACCCCUUCAUCUACGCCUCUCUCCACACCAAGUUCCGGCUCCACCUGAGCAACCUGCUGAGCCGGAGUAAGAAGCAGGGCAGUGGUACCAUGUCUAGCCAAGUGUCCCGCCUGAACACCUGCACCUCAUUGGAUGUGCCCACGUCCAUCAACAGCAACCCGAAGAGGAAGUUCCCUCUGCAAUAG